AUGGGGAUAAUCAAGGACAAAGCAUCGCAGGGUAAGGCGGCGCUACUCUCCAAACGCACCAUGCUCUCUUUGCUACGCGCAACCAGCCACGACUGUUCCGCGCCCCCCACAAGCAAGCACCUGGCCACGCUCCUCUCCUCGGGCGACGGGCCACGAGCCACCGCCUCGGCUGCGGUGGAGGUCCUGAUGGAUCGCCUGCAGGGCACGAACAACGCCGCCGUGGCCCUGAAGUGCCUGAUCGCGGUCCACCACAUCAUCCGCCACGGCAGCUUCAUCCUCCAGGACCAGCUCUCCGUCUACCCCUCCUUUGGCGGCAGAAACUAUCUCAACCUCUCCCACUUCCGACACACCACCGACCCCACCACCUGGCAGCUCUCCUCGUGGGUCCGGUGGUUCGCGCAGCACAUCGAACAGCUCCUCUGCGCCUCCCGCAUCCUCGGAUUCUUCCUCGGAAACUCCACCGACAAAGAGAGCAGAGAGGAAAGAGCGUCGGGUCUCGGGAACGCCGAUUUGUUGGCCGAGUUUGACUCUCUGGUGGCUCUAAUCGAAGGGCUUUGCAAGAGGCCCGAGCCCAACGGGAACCCCUUGGUGGAGGACAUUGUGAGGGUGGCGCGUGAGGAUUGCGAGGUGGUGCAAGUUGAGGUGCGGGUGAUGGUGAGCGAGUUUAAGGAAAGGUUCGGGGGGUUUAAGUUUGGGGAAGCGGUUGAGUUGGUUUGCUGUUUGAAGAGGUUGGAACAGUGCGAAGAAAAGAUCUUGGCCAUGAUGGAUGGGGCAAGAGAAUUGAAAUUGUGGGAUAUGGUGAGAGUGGUGAAGGGCGUGGCUGAGAUUCAGGUUUACAGAGAAGAGGCUAAGUUGCAGAGAGAGACCCGAAAGUUAAGGGUCAGUGAGUCCGAUCGUUUUUCGGGUCGGGUUCUCAGUUCCCGUGACUCUCUCCGGUUUCCCUCCGGGAGAUUGUUGUAA